AGUCUAUCCCAAACAUGGUUCAUGCUAGUUUGGAGGUUCAGUCGAGGCAGCCUUUUUAAAACGACUAUAUUUGAUGUAUCUAAUGAAUGUUUGGGGCAAAUAGCAGAUAACCUACUCUUAUCAGACACGUCCAAACGCCUUUGGGAAGCAGCGCUUAGUGAGGUCGGCAGUGAUGCUAUCAAACGCGCUAAGAUUUAUAGGAAAUUGGGACAAUUUUGGGCAUUUCGUAAAGAUGUUAAAGCAAAACACUACUUCGAGCAGUCACUAAGGAUAUGUCGAGGUUUUUAUGGAGACAACGUGGCACAUCCUAACAUUGCAUAUUCACUUUUGAGCCUGGGGUCAUCUUGGAGUAAACUUGGCGAUCAGGAGAAAGCCAUUAACUUCUUCGAACAAUCAUUAGCAAUGGCUAAAGGCAUAUGGGGAGACAACGCGGCAAAUAUGCAUAUUUCCGCCUCACUAAAUAACCUUGGAUAUUCUUGGAGUAAACUCGGCAAUCAGGAGAGAGCAAUCGGCUACUUCGACCAAUCCUUAAAAAUGGCUACAACUAUGUAUGGAGACAACACGGCACAUCCGAUCAUUGCCGCGUCAUUCCAUAACCUGGGAUUACGUUGGAGUAAACUCGGAGAUCAGAAGAAAGCAAUUAGGUACUACGAACAGUCACUAACGAUGAAGAAAACUAUUCAUGGAGACAACACAGCACAUCCAGACAUUGCCAUGUCACUUAACAACAUGGGGUCGUCUUGGAGUGAACUUGGCGAUGAUAAGAAAGCGAUUAGCUACUACGAACACACGCUAAAGAUGCAGGAAAUUAUCCAUGGGGACAACAAGGCACAUCCGGACAUUGCGGAGUCACUUCAUAACCUGGCCAUAUCCUGGAGUAAACUUGGCGAUCACCAGAAAGCAAUCAGAUUCUGCAAUCAGGCAAUAACAAUGCACAAAAAUAUUUAUGGAGACAACACGUCACAUCCGAACAUUGCCGAGUCAAUUCAAGCCCUGGGAUCAUUUUGGACUGAACUUGGGGAUCAGAAGACAGCAAUUCUAUAUUGGGAAGAGUCAUUGUCAAUGAGAAAACGUAUCCAUGGAGAAAACACGGCACAUCCGAACAUUGCCGAAUUGCUUCACAACCAGGGAUCGGCUUGGAGUAAAAUCGGCGAUCAACAGAAGGCAAUUAGCUACUUUGGACAAUCAUUAACAAUGUGGAAAACAAUCUAUAGGGACAACAUGGCACAUCCGCAUAUUGCCUCGUCACUUCAACACCUUGGAUUAUCUUGGUCUCUUCUCAACGAUCAAGAGAAAGCAAUGGGCUACUUUGAACAGUCAUUAGCGAUGUAUAAAGCUAUCUAUGGAGUAAACACACCACAUCCAGACAUUGCCAACGCAAUUGGGAACAUUGGAUCAGCUUGGAAUAAACUCGGCGAUAAAAAGAAAGCAAUUCAUUACUUAGAACAGUCAUUGGCGAUGAACAAAACUAUCCAUGGGGACAAUACGGCACAUCCUGACAUUCCUGGGGUACUUAUUAACCUUGGAUUAUCUUGGAGUGAACUUGGUUCUGAGAGGAAAGCAAUCAGCUACUUCGAACAGUCAUUGGCCAUGACGAAAACUAUCUAUGGAGACACCAUGGCACACCCACACAUUGCCGAGUCACUUCACAACCUUGGAGCCUCUUGGGGUAGCCUGGGCGAUCGGAAGAAAGCAAUUAGCUACUUCGAACAGUCAUUGACGAUGAUGAAAAGCAUGUAUGGAGACAACAUAGCACAUGAAAAAAUUGCCAAGAUACUUCACAACUUGGGAUCAUCUUGG